AUGAGCCUUGAAUUACAGAGGGACGACAAUGACGGCCAGCAUACGCUACGUAACCUGCCGCUCGAGCAACCUACUUCGUCUCCGCUCCGCGGCGCACGAAUUAACGGCGACCGCAACAUGGCGCCGUUGAGGGCGGCUGCACCAAUCGCCAUUAACCCUACUGCAUUAGUUACGACAGAAUGCAUUGCCGUUACGUCCGCUAUGCGGAAGCAUGCUCGAUGGGCUCACUCCUCCGUGGCAGCAAUCUUGGGCGGAGGUGUGAGCUCACGGAGCAUGGACCGGGACACUUCAAUUCCUUUAGGCACUGGGAACAUGUCGCUCGGUCCAAAGCCUGCCCAGAAUCAUACUGCUUCAAAAUCUGGUACACCAGACGCAGAAGGGGAUUAUUCGCUUGCCGGUAGAUGGGGAUUGAGGGGAAGGAGAGGCAAAAGCAUCCAGGACAAUCCUUUGAUGUCGGCGUUUACUCGACUCCGGAUCGACUUGAAGGACUGUAAAGAUAUACGUUUGUUCGAUACACCGUGUCUAUUGCAUCCAUUUUUGCAAGUUAUCCGCUCUUCUUCGACUUCGGCGCCUAUAACAUCGCUAGCACUUUCGGCUAUAACAAAAUUCUUCGCCUACAAUAUCAUCAGCCAUGACUCUCCACGCCUGGCAGUGGCAUUACAACUCCUGUCUGCCGCCAUUACACACUGCCGUUUCGAGGCUAGUGAUUCUGCUGCUGAUGAGAUUGUUCUUCUUCGGAUACUGAAACUUAUGGAAGGCAUGUUGUCUCGACCGGAGGGUGAAUUACUAGGUGACGAGAGUGUGUGCGAGAUGAUGGAAACUGGGCUGAGUAUGUGUUGCCAAGUUCGCUUGUCAGAAGUCCUUCGAAGGUCUGCUGAGAUGUCAAUGGUGAAUAUGUGCCAAAUAAUUUUCCAGAGACUCGCACGCCUUGAUGUCGAUAGUGAGCAGCCAGAGGGAGAACGCGGGAAUGGGAACACAGAGGAAACUCCGAGCAAUCUCAAAAUGGAUCCCUCCGUGGAUGGGGAGACUGUGGCAUCCCAGCAUGCAUCAAGUUUAGGAACCGAUACCACCAAUCCCGAAAAAGAGGAACUUGUGAGCGGUGAUAGCUCGACAACUAUACCCACCAUGGAAGGAGUAAACGCUGCUGUGCAAGCAGACUCAUACGAAGAUGUAGAAAAGGAGAUAGCACCCUACGGGCUGCCCUCGAUCCGUGAGCUGUUCCGCGUUCUUAUUGAUUUGUUGGACCCACAUAACCCUCAGCACACCGAUGCAAUGAGAGUAAUGUCUCUCAGGAUUAUAGAUGUAGCCUUGGAAGUUUCAGGUCCGUCAAUAGCAAGGCAUCCAAGUCUCGCUCAGCUUGCAAAGGAUGAUCUAUGUCGGCACUUGUUCCAAUUGAUUAGGUCAGACAAUAUUGUCAUUUUGAAUAGCUCAUUAAGAGUAGCUGGGACAUUACUUGCAACAUGCCGCCGCGUUUUGAAGCUACAGCAGGAGUUAUUCCUUUCUUACCUCGUUGCCUGCCUACAUCCGAGGGUUGAGAUACCCAAAGAAGAAGGUAUAGAUCCAUCUCUUUACGCUGGGGUUCCACGAGCCCCAAAAUUAGUGAAACCCUCGCCCUCACAGGCUGGAAGUGGCAGGUCUACACCUGUUCCCGUUAAGGAUCGUCAGAAGCUAGGCAUGGAAGGAGGUUCUAGAAAGCCAGAAGCUAGAGAAGCGAUGGUCGAGAGCAUCGGAGCUCUUGUUAGGAUUCCUAAUUUCAUGGCUGAGCUUUUCAUGAACUACGACUGUGAUGUUGAUCAGGCGGACCUUUGCGAAGAUAUGGUUGGUUUAUUAUCCAGGAAUGCAUUCCCAGACUCUGCCACUUGGAGCACCACUAAUGUUCCGCCUCUCUGUCUUGAUGCGCUUUUGGGAUAUGUCCAGUUCCUGGCAGACAGGCUUGAUCAAGAACCACCGAGCGCGGAUGAUCCAGACCUCAAGCGGCUACGAAGCCAACGUGAGAAGAAAAAAAUCAUUAUUCAGGGAGCUGCAAAGUUUAAUGAAAAACCCAAAGCAGGCAUUGCAUUCCUUGCUUCUAAGGGCAUAAUACAAAACCCUGAUGACCCCUUGGCUGUCGCUAAAUUCUUGAAGGGAACCACAAGAGUGUCUAAAAAAGAACUAGGCGACUUCCUUUCCCAUAGAUCUAAUGAAGCAUUGCUGGAUGCAUUCAUCGGGCUGCAGGAUUUCAAGGGAAAGAAUGUCGUUGAAGCCUUGAGAGAGCUACUAGGGUCUCUGCGUUUACCCGGUGAAGCUCCACUGAUAGCGAGGAUCGUUACCGUUUUCUCUGAGAAAUACCUCGACGCUGUUCAUCCCGAAGAGAUAGCGGAUAAAGACUCACUCUUUGUCUUGACGUAUGCCAUUAUUCUCCUCAAUACCGAUAUGUAUAACCCGAACAUCAAGCCCCAAAAUAAGAUGUCAUAUGAGGGAUUCGCGAGAAACCUUCGUGGCGUCAACAACGGAAAGGAUUUUUCAACCGAGUACCUUCAGGAUAUCUACUCGUCUAUCCGGAAUAGUGAAAUUAUCCUGCCAGAUGAGCAUGAGAACAAACAGGCUUUCGACUUUGCUUGGAAAGAGCUUCUCGUGAAAGCAAAAACAGCAGGGAAUCUAUCACUUUGUGAGACUAACGCUUUCGAUGCAGAUAUGUUUGAAGCAACUUGGCAACCGGUCAUCGCGACUCUUUCUUAUGUUUUCAUGUCCGCAUCAGAUGACGCCGUUUUCUCAAGGGUGGUCAUCGGCUUCGAUCAAUGCGCCCAGAUUGCAGCGAAAUAUAAACUGAAAGACGUCAUGGAUCGCAUAAUCUACUGCCUCAGCUCCAUCAGUACAUUAGCUUCAGCAACGCCUUCAAACACUAGUCUCAAUACUGAGAUACAGGCUGGUAAAAAGAGCGUCAUGGUGAGCGAGCUUGCCGUCCGACUAGGCAGGGACUUUAGAGCACAGCUUGCAACUGCGGUCCUCUUCCGUGUUAUUGUCGGCAAUGAAGCUAUAAUACAACAGAAUGGAUGGGAACAUAUCAUUCAAAUUCUCCACAACCUAUUCAUUAACUCCCUUAUCCCCCAGUUUGAUUCUUUUUUCAAAGUACUUGAUAUGCCGCCUAUACCCCUUCAGUCACCAUCCCAAGUUAUCGAUCGAGAUAGCCGAGAAAAUGACACUAGCUUGCUCUCUGCAUUCACGUCUUAUCUCUCAAGUUACGCUGCGGACGAUCCGCCGGAGCCAUCCGAUGAAGAACUUGAGAACACGCUCUGCACUGUUGAUUGCAUUAAUGCGUGUGAUAUAGCCCAACUUUUCAACAAUCUGAAGACUAUGCCUCUUGACUCCGUGGUAAUAUUUGUCGAAUCCUUGCUGUCUGAGCUUCCAGACACCGGCGCCGCAGUCAUUGUUGUAAAACCUGAACGCCCCGCAACAAACCCUCAUAGGUCUGAGGGUAGCAAAGUUGACAAGAAUAAACCCGCUUACAAACCGGGGGUUUUAUACAUUCUCGAGCUUGCAACUGUUCUUACCCUCCGAGAUACAGGCACAACAGAACGACUUGGGGAUAAAUUGACCAGUGUUCUCCAGGAUAUAGUACGGGAUGCCAAAAACAUACACCCACUUAUUCUGUCUCGAGCAGUAUAUUAUCUUUUAACCCUCCUUCGCCACAGCUACGUAUGUUUUAACUUCUUCUUUGCGUAAUAUAUCGCGGAUGCUAAUUCAGCUUCUAGGAGCACUCAUUCAUGCGGCCUCCAGUAGUGCUGCAUAUAAUUUCCAGCUUUGACCAACCCAUUCUUGAAGUAGUAGCGGCGCCAGUUGUUACUGGCUUGCUACUGUGUAUUAAUGAAUCUGAGGCACUGAAAAGUGAACUUAGCAUGUCACCAGAUUUCUGGUCUAUACUUCAGAGGUUACACCAAAAUCAAGAAGCGGCGCAAAUGGCCUUCGAAUUGCUCCAGAGCAUUGUCGAGUCAACCGUCCCAGUGAUCACUGCGGAUAACUAUGAGGCUGCUGUAAAUCUCCUCAAUGAUUUCGCAACAGCUGGAGGGAUUGCUACGGUUAGGGAGAUAAAGCGGGAAAUGGCUUUACGUCGACCCAAGCCCGUGAGACAAGUGAGAGUUCGGUAAGAAUGCGAUGAUAUAUUAGUAGACUACCCGAGCUAAUCCUGUGGUAGGGAUAACCCAUAUGUAAUCCGCGGAACUAAAGCUAUCGGGGUGAUAUACCGAAUUACCGGCCGGAUACCUGCACUCAUUCAACACUCUCACCUGGAGAAAAACGAAGGUACACUUCUUCAUGCUUGGUAUACAGGUGUCCCACAUAGACUCUGCAAAGCUAACACUUUACCACAAUAGCAUGGGCGGCAUAUUGGUCUCCGAUAUUCAAUUCACUCACAACUCAAGGCCUCAAUCCGUGCCGUGAUAUUCGCAAUCAAACCAUGUCUGCACUUCAAAGAUCCUUGUUGUCGUCAGAGCUUGCGUCGACAGACCAUACCAAAUGGGUUACGAUAUUCAAGAAAGUGCUGUUCCCACUGAUCUUAGAGCUACUCAAACCUGAGGUUUAUCAGUCAGACCCCUUAGGUAUGAGCGAGACGCGAGUUCAGGCCGCCACACUUCUCUGCAAAAUAUUCCUCCAUUACCUCGUUCUACUCUCUGAAUGGGGCGAAGGUAUGCUGGAUCUGUGGCUGAGAAUUCUGGAUAUCUUGGAUCGGAUGAUGAAUAGCGGGCAAGGAGACAGCCUUGUAAGACAUGCUCUCUCCCUCUCUUUUUGAUUUUGAAGUACACAUGGGCUCUUUCUGCGUUGUUUUCCUCAUUUCUCACUUUUGCAAUGGAAAGGCUGCCGGGUAAUAACGCGUAGCCCUACAUUCCCUUUGACUGUCGCUUAUCAACUUUAUACAACGUUGGCUAACGUAUUUGACAUAACUUACAGGAAGAGGCAGUGCCUGAGAGUUUGAAAAACAUUCUCCUAGUAAUGGCAAACGGGGGUUAUCUAGCCGCACCCCCGAAUAAUGACCCUGGAAAGGAAAGGAUAUGGACUGAAACGCAAAAGCGGCUUGACCGCUUCCUCCCCAAUCUUUUUGGAGAGAUAUUUCCCACUACUCCUACAGACGCACCCUCUUCCAGACAUGGGGGCAGUCGCACAAUGCGGCCCGAGGCAAAACAGCAAAGUAAUCCGGAUUCCGUUGAUAGCAAGGAUCAAAGUGUUGAUAUGCCAAAGGGUACGGGCGGCACUGCAGACACAGAGAAAGCGAAAGUGGGACAGGCUGAGCCGACAGCAGCUGAACCUGACGAUGAGGUGGAGUGAAAAAAACGCUCAUCAAGGGCUUCAGUUAAUAUGUGCAUCUUUUCUGUAUAUUGGUUAGUUAAAUGAUUAGCAUGAAAGCAUAUCUUUCAUUUUAUUUUAUUUUUUUUUGUCUUUAUCUUUCCAGGCCCUGUGCGAGGAUUGCGUAUUCCUUCAGCCCUAACCGGGGUCGUAACCAUCACCAUGGAUAAUGAAGCUUAUAGCCCAGAUCCCAAUGAGCCAGCAAGGUCGUGUCAAGCCAUGACAACGAUCACAUGCCCUGCCGGCGAACCUGAUUUAUAGUUAGACUUCACCUGAAAGCAACCGUUUCAGCGCUGACCAGCAACCAACCUUACCAACUGGGUGAU